AUGGUUGGUACGUCAAUGGCAGAAGAAGAUAUUGCAGUCACGAAGUUUCGCGAAUAUUUGCGGAUAAACACUGAACAGCCUACUCCCGACUACGCUGCCUGCAAGCAGUUUCUUUUUGAUCUAGCCGAUGAACUUGGAAUUGCAAGAAAGGCCAUUGAGGCCGUUCCUGGUAAACCAUUCAUUAUCAUGACGAUACCGGGGUCACAACCAGAGAUGACGUCAAUUGUUCUCUAUUCGCACACAGACGUAGUGCCGACGUUCAAG